AUGGCGUCAUGGGGUUUGGAACAGUUCGACCUGGGCUUGGCCAAGGUUAUCAAGCAUUCCGAAGCCGGGGUCGACGAGUUUUACAGGAUGAGCGGCGAGGUUGGGUCCCUGCGGUACAUGGCACCAGAAGUUGCUUCUCAGUAUCCGUACAACGAGAAGGGUGAUGUCCACAGCUUCGGGGUGGUGAUGUGGGAGCUGGUGACGGGGUGGCUCCCCUACGGGGGCCUGUCGCCCGAAAUGUUCAUGUUCCAAGCUGUGCAGCACGGACAGCGACCCCUGAUGCAGUUCGGGUGGGACCCGGACUUCAAGCGCCUCCUGGCUUCCUGCUGGGCCGGAGACCCACGGGACCGCCCUGGAUUUGCGUACAUACAUGUUGUCAAGGAGGUGCAGAGGCGAGUGGGGGAGGAAGGGGGACGGGGGGGGUUCAUGUACUCAAGAGGCAAGCGUGAGGACGUAUGUACCAGGUUCCUGGUGUGCUUCAAAGUAGCAAAACGAUAAUACAAUGCCUACUUUUUUUAUGUCUUCCGCGCGGCGAUAGCAGCGCGCAAAUAUGUGAAGGCAGUGCCGCCUAGUUUUCGGAAACUGGUGAUUUUUUCUUCUUUCUUGUGCGCUCUUUGUCCUACCCUCCCACACCCAUUUUGUGGUGUGCUGCUCGCUUUUUUUGGUGUUCUUGCGUGAAUUCUUUGUAACUGCUGUGUGGCCAUUGAGUAAGAAAAUCUGUCAUAGACAGGAGUUUUGUUUUUUCGAGCAUGUAGGGACUUUUGUUCCUGUUCGUCUGGAAUUCUGAGCAAUAUUGGCUGUUCCCAUGGAACACGGCGGCAUUUGCUUCUGUUUGUUUUGUUGUUUUUUUCGUGGCGUACGCGUCGUUUCUCCCCCGCGCCGGCGUGUUCCUUCGGGUCUGUGCUGGCUAUAUGUUAUCCAUGUAGUUUGUUUGUCUAUGGACCUCAUCGUCAUCGUCUUAUCUCGUGACUUGGUUUUGCACGUGCUGUGGUACCCACUUGUGAUCAUGUGCGUAUGGUAUACGUGAUGGCAGCAGCUUCACAAAGGCAGCAUUAUUGCUGUUCCUUGAUAGAGGCAAGGUUUGGUGGUGUUGGUAGCGACGGCGGCAAUUUGUUUUGCAAGGUAUGCUUGGGGCAUUCCGACAGAGCAUCGAUUUGUCUGCCAUUGUUUCGGUUCACCGUGUGAUGACGUCACACAUUCUGCCUCUGCCUGCGUCGCGCGUGCGUACGCAGAUUAUGUGAAGAAGCCCAGGGUGAAGAAGCCCAGGGUGCCCAGUAGAGAUGGAUGCAUGACGCCUGCCGUUGUUUUUCGCGCUCUUUUCCGAAGGCAAGGGUCGUGUUGAUAUCCGUCCGCGCGAGAUAGACCAGGGGCAACGAUGUGGUGGGUAGGGUUGGGUGUGAAACAAAGGGUGUGGGUGUGGGAGACAAUGGCACGGCGGUACUGUAGGUAAUAUGCUGUACCUCCCGUACCGGAUUAUCGUUGGCAAUUACACAGCCCUUUUGGCUCUCUGGCCGCGUGUCAGCGGUGCUUUUUUUUUUUUUUUUGUCCAGGUGGUGACGGAUUCGUCCUCCUCUCUGCCGCUUGCCCAACAAGCGAGGAGAGAGCAGUGGGUAGGUCGGGCAAGACCUGGUUGGUUCAUUGGUUCGAGUGACGGUGGUGAGGUUGCACGUGUAGUCCGCGCCGGUUGGGUUUGUGGAGACUGUGUGUAUUUUGCGUGAAAAGGACACGGCGUGUGGGUUUUAGGACCGGCCGU